ACCCUAUUUUCCCAAUCAAUAACCAGCAUCCAAACCUGUCACAUCUUUACUUCUCCACUGCUCUCAAACUGCAUAUGACAUAGUGUUUGCUAUUGAGAUAUAUUCUCCAUCACUACAUGCAUUACAGGAAGUGAAGGGGCUUCACAGAAACCAAAAGAAAAAUUCUAAUCUAAAUAAAGGCACUUGCUUCAUGACUUCCUCUGUUAGAUCGAAGCUCGGCUGCGAGGGCACAUUAUAGUCAACCACCGUACAGCCCUCAGAACAGUUACGAUGCCAACAACAUGGAUCUCUGAGGCAAACCACAAUGGAUCAUAACAGAUCUUCGCCAGACAUCAUGGAAGACCAUGCCCAUCAAGUGUACCGGACUGUUAGCCUAGUGUUUUAUGGCAUUAUAUUCAUCAUAGGCACAGUGGUCAACCUGACCGCACUUUGGGUCUUUGCCUUGACCACUAAAAGACGGAACUCCAUCACUGUUUACAUGAUCAAUGUAGCAUUAGUGGACUUGAUAUUUAUCUUACUGCUGCCUUUUCGAAUGUUCUACUACAGUCAAGACUACUGGCCCUUCGGAGACGUGUUCUGCAGGAUUAACGCCGCAAUAACAGUGCUCUAUCCAUGCUUGGCCUUGUGGCUCUUCGCUCUCAUUAGCACAGAUCGCUAUGUGGCCAUAGUGCAGCCGCGACACACUCGAGAACUAAAAAGCGUCCGUAAAGCCUUGCUGUCCUGUGCGGGAGUCUGGAUCAUGACCCUGGGCAGCACAGCUCCACUUGUUUUCCUGGAGGAAGACCCUGACCGCAACACAAACUAUACCACUUGCAUCAAGAUGCACGACAUCAUCUACUUGCGCCGUGACAAUCCCGUCAACUUCACGCGUAUCGUCUUUUUCUUCCUGGUGCCAGUGUGCAUCAUGGUGGGCUGUUACAUGAUCAUUGUGGACAACCUCAUCCAUGGCCGCACGUCCAAACUGAAGCCCAAAGUCAAGCAGAAGUCCAUCCGGAUCAUCAUCACACUGAUCGUUCAGGUGCUGGUGUGCUUUGUGCCUUUUCACAUCUGUUUUGUGUCCAUGCUGCUGGCCAGCAGUGAGAGGGGUUACAACACCUGGGGGGCCUUCACCACCUUCCUGAUGAACGCCAGCACAGUGCUGGACAUCAUACUUUUCUACAUUGUGUCGAAGCAGUUUCAGGACCGUGUGAUCAGCGUGGUCUUGUACAGAAACUACCUGAGGAGCGUUCGCAGGAAGAGCCUUCACACCAACAGCAUUCGCUCGGUCAGCAACCUGACCAGUGCCAUGAUCUGAGGAAUAACACAGCUGAUGGUAACAAUGUAAACUGAAUGUAAACAUGUCAGUGUUUGAAAUUAAAUGACAGAACUGAAGAUCAAGAUGAACGGUUAUACUAAAUAGUGAAACUGCUCACAGUAACAGCAGCUCUGCAGUUAAUAUGCAGUCAACUCAAAAGACGGAUCACAUGUGCUCCAGUGUCUUCAUUGACUACUGCAUUGCAUCAUUGCUCAUUUGCAUAAAGUGAAACUUUUAUCAGUUUUGCUGCCAAAUACGCAUCACCACACACAGCAUAAUAACUUUAUGUGUGAACACCACCAUAUAACAAACUAUUUUUUCAGUGGUUGUGUUUCAUGCUGCAAGUGCGUGGGCUAUUUGAAAAAUCGAGAGUUUUUAAAAUCGAGUAAAAUUCAAGUUAUAAAUUGGGAUGCUACAGUUAGAGCCACAUAUAAUGUAAUAUUUAUGACAUUUUUAAUAGUUUUCUUGUAUGCAUAUAAAAAAUUAGGCCAGAAUGGGGAUGCACUGUAUAUAAACCCGAGUGCUCAAAACAAUGAAUUUGUGUUUGAGUAAGGUAAAUAUGAAUUAAACUAUUUACUUUUAACAAAUUAAUUUGUAUUCAAUUGAAUGAGUAUUUCGAACUUGAAACGACAUAAUAUAUUAAGUAAUCUGAAUUGUUUCAUUGUUUUGAAUUUAAUGAAUUGAAAAUGAAGGGUAAAAGGUAAAAUUAUGUUAUGGGAGAUUUAGUAGUGUUCAAUACCAUCAUGGCAACGAGUGAAGCAUGAGUUUGGUUUAUAAAUGUUCCUUACUGCCUCAUUCAGCAAUCUACUAAUUAAAGCAUUGCUUUACCUAUUAACAAGUUAGCGUUUACUGAAUUAGCUAGUUAUAGCAAAUUAAUUGAAUUUACAUUAAUUUUCCACUACUAGGCAUAUUUAAACUGAGAUAACCAGACAAUUUUACAUUUUUUAUAGUUUUUAAUAGUUGUAGUUUAAUAGUUUAAUA